GGGGAGUCGACUAUGACAACAAGUGUUACUGUACAGUACGGACCAUCCACCGUAAAUCUGACUCCACCAACUGUGACCUACACUCCUACAGAGGGACAGACUAUCCCUACCAUCACGUGUUCUGCUGACUGUAACCCGGCCUGUACCUACAGCUGGACAAAGGAUGGGCAGUCCUAUACAACAGGGUCAGGUCUCCAACUCACCAACAUACAGCGUGGUCAGGGGGGCGUAUACAGGUGUACGGCCAGUAAUGGGUACGGGAGUGACGUCAGCAUUAAUAUCAACGUCAUUGUAGAUUAUAGCCCCGGUACCUCCAUAGCUCUGACCCCGCCCGACACUACCUACACCAGGACAGAGGGGGACACGUUACCGGACAUCACGUGUACAGCGGACUGUAGACCUGGCUGUACCUUUGUCUGGACACGACCGGACAACACCAACUUUACUGUCUCAUCUGUGUUGUCACUGGGACAACUGGACAGAUCAAAACACGGGACGUACAGGUGUACAGCUAGAAAUGUUGUCGGGGAGUCGACUAUAAUAACUAGUGUUACUGUACAGUACGGUCCCGGUACCUCCAUAUCUUUGUCACCACCGGACACUAUCUACACGAGGACAGAGGGGGACACGUUACCGAACAUAACCUGUACAGCGAACUGUAGACCUGGCUGUACCUUUGUCUGGACACGACCUGACAACACCAACUUAACUGUCUCACCUGUGUUGUCACUGGGACAACUGGGCAGAUCAGAACACGGGACGUACAGGUGUACUGCUAGGAAU